AUGGGAAAUUGCUGCAAUGGAGGAGUUGACAGUGCUCAACCAAUCUCCAAAAACGAGCCAAAAAUCACAGAAACCCUUCCUCGAGAAGAACAAAUCAUCAUAGAAAACGAAAAAAAAUUAGAAUUCAGCAAACUCAACAGCAAAGACAUCAUAAAAUCCCUAAAAUCCGAAGGAUCUCAAAAUUGUUUACUACUUCUUUAAGAAUAAGCAAAAUUUUUUAUCAUAUAUCCCUCAAUUUGCAUAUCUUUGAUAUGAUUUAAAAUUUAUAUUUUAGAAUGCAAGCAGCUUAAAAUUUAAUGAAGCAGUUGCAGGCCUUUUUUUUAAAAAAAUAUAUUUUAUAUAAAAAAUGAUUAUAUUAAAAUUUUUUUGCUCGCUCUUAUAGAGAAAUUUAAGCAUGCCUCAGCUAAAGCGAGCCUUUUUUGAUCUCCAACUAUCAGAAACUGACUUAUCCUCCCCUGAUUCCGCCUUUUAUAAAAUCCUAGCCAAGCUAAAAAACGAUAAAAAACUUUAUGAAAUACGUAAACUUGUAUUGCUUGCCUUACUAGUAGGUAAAGGAGCACCUCAAGAUAAAGCAGUUUGGCUGUUUAAACAGUAUGAUUUAGACGCAUCUGGGGUUAUAGAUGCAGAAGAAGUUGAAACUAUGCUAAAUGAGAUGAUAGAUCUUGCUGUAAAUAUUUUGCCAUUAUCGGCAAGAGGGGAUGAGGAAGGUUGUCUGACAAAAGAAGAGGAAGAUACAUAUAGAGAUUUAAUAGGAUAGGUAGAUAAAAGAAAUUAGAUAACUCACCCCUUUAAAUUGGAACAAAGAAUCAGUAAAAUUUGUAUUUUUGUACUUUAGCCCCCUUUAAAUUGGAACAAAAUUUAUUUUACAACAGUAGAAUCUAUGAAAGUACUAAUUUUUAUAGAAUUAGUUUUUGAUCUAAUUUAUAAGACAAAAUGUAUAUAGAAUGCUAUUUAAAUAAUCCUCACACUGAAUAUAUUAAUUUUUUUAUUUAAUUUUUCAAUUAAAAUUAAAAUUAUUGUAUUCAAUUUAUAUUUUGUUAAAAGAUUUCAAAAUUUUGAUAUAAAUUAACCCUCUUUUAGAUUGGAACAGGAUUUUUGUUCCAAUUUAAAUGAGAGGGAGUAAUGUUUUGGAAAAUUGAGGAAAAAUGGUAUAUAAGAGUAUGCUGCUGGCUGGACAACAAAGUAUGGUUCAAGAAGUUAUGAAGCUAUUGCUGAAUCAGAAUGAGAUUGGAGAAACAGAAUUUGUGGCGAAAAUAUGCGACCCAAGCCAGCAACUGAAUAAGUUGCUUUGGAGCUAUGGGGUUAGGCUGCUUUUGAAAAAUUAUGGAAAUCAUAACAAUAUUGAAUCUCAUUAA